UCCCAGCCUACUUUCUCAGGCUGGACUUGAGAAAGCUGUGCAGUUUCUGUGGCUCCAAAGGCAGCAUCCACACAGCGGUGCCUGGUGUUGACUGGGAGCCCAAAGGAAUUACCCCAGGCCUGGUGGGAUGUGAGCCCAGGGGGCAGAGAAGGAGGGGCAGGCACUGAAAAUCCCCCUGUGCUGUUUGUCCUGCAGAAAACGGUGCGGAUGUUCCCCUUCCAAAUCCACAGCAUCGCCCUCUCCACCUUCGCCUCCCUCAUCGGGCCCUUCGGGGGCUUCUUCGCCAGCGGCUUCAAGAGAGCCUUCAAAAUCAAGGACUUUGCCAACACCAUCCCAGGCCACGGGGGGAUCAUGGAUCGCUUCGACUGCCAGUACCUGAUGGCCACCUUCGUCAACGUCUACAUCGCCAGCUUCAUCAGGUGUGUGAGCCCUGCUGGGCUGCCCUGGGCAGGCACAGCCUGGCACCACGGCCUCCCCUGCUCUCUGGCUCCUCUGACAGCUGAAAACACCAGGCAGACAAAGCUGGGGCUCCAGGAGGGGAGGGGUCUUCAGCAGGCUGGAAAUGCAGCCCUGUUGUUGUUAGGAAUGGUGAGAAGAACGACACAGACUCUGAUGGAGUCAGAGCAGGAGAACUCCUUAGUUUAUUGCUUCAGCUUUGUUUUAUAGACUGUACAGAAAGUACAGAAAGGAA